GAAGAUGUCGGAGGUCCUGGAGCACGAGGAGCGGGUCAUCGCCAACCUCAGCAAGGUCCUGGAGAUGGUGGAGGAGUGCGAGCGACGCAUGCAGCCCGCCUGCGGCGACCCCCUCACCCUGGAUGAGUGCGCCCGCGUCUUCGAGACCCUGCAGGACAAGUACUACGAGGAGUACCGGAUGUCCGACCGUGUGGACCUGGCUGUGGCCAUCGUCUACCCACUCGUGAAGGAGUACUUUAAGGAGUGGGACCCGCUCAAGGACUGCGCGUACGGCACGGAGGUCAUCUCCAGGUGGAAGAGCCUCCUGGAGAACGACCAGCUCUUAUCUCACGGUGGGCAGGACCUCUCGGCGGACGCCUUUCACAGGCUGAUAUGGGAAGUCUGGAUGCCAUUUGUUCGAAAUAUCGUCACUCAAUGGCAGCCGAGGAACUGUGACCCGAUGGUGGACUUCUUGGACAGCUGGGUGCACAUUAUUCCCGUGUGGAUCUUAGAUAACAUACUGGACCAGCUCAUCUUCCCCAAGCUGCAGAAGGAGGUGGAAAACUGGAACCCGCUGACGGACACCGUGCCCAUCCACUCGUGGGUCCACCCGUGGCUGCCCCUCAUGCAGGCGCGCCUGGAGCCGCUCUACUCCCCCAUCCGCAGCAAGCUGUCCAGCGCCCUGCAGAAGUGGCACCCCAGCGACUCCUCGGCCAAGCUCAUCCUCCAGCCCUGGAAAGACGUCUUCACCCCCGGCUCCUGGGAGGCAUUCAUGGUCAAGAACAUAGUGCCCAAGCUGGGGAUGUGUCUUGGGGAAUUAGUCAUUAACCCUCACCAGCAGCACAUGGAUGCUUUUUACUGGGUCAUCGACUGGGAAGGAAUGAUCUCCGUCUCCAGCCUGGUGGGGCUUCUCGAAAAGCACUUCUUCCCCAAGUGGCUUCAGGUGCUGUGCUCUUGGCUUAGUAACAGCCCAAAUUAUGAGGAGAUCACCAAGUGGUACCUGGGUUGGAAGUCCAUGUUCUCAGAUCAAGUGCUGGCACACCCAUCCGUCAAGGACAAAUUCAACGAAGCGCUCGAUAUCAUGAACAGGGCAGUGUCCUCCAACGUCGGUGCCUACAUGCAGCCCGGGGCACGGGAGAACAUCGCCUACCUCACCCACACGGAGCGGAGGAAGGACUUCCAGUACGAGGCCAUGCAGGAGCGACGGGAGGCUGAGAACAUGGCCCAGAGGGGCAUCGGCGUGGCUGCCAGCUCCGUGCCCAUGAACUUCAAGGACCUCAUUGAGACCAAGGCCGAGGAGCACAACAUCGUCUUCAUGCCGGUCAUCGGGAAGCGACACGAAGGGAAGCAGCUCUACACGUUUGGCCGCAUCGUCAUCUACAUCGACCGCGGGGUGGUGUUCGUCCAGGGCGAGAAGACCUGGGUGCCCACCUCCCUGCAGAGCCUGAUUGACAUGGCCAAGUAGAGGACAGCAGGCUGGACACGUGCACUGGAGACGGACGUGGUUAUGAAUAAACAGUGUUUGAAACCGGCCUUGAAAGAGUACUUACUCUCCAUCCGGGAGUAUUCCCUAUCGGGUCAGGUUGCCAGCAAAGGACAUAAGACACAAUGCUCAGGAGGUGCAUCUUUAUGCCGAGCCCUUCCACAGCACAUCCUCGUCUAAGGGGGAGAACCGAAUGGAAUAUUCCCGGUGCUCUGCAAUCUGGCCCACUGCAAAGAAGGGGGCUGUCGGCACUCCCUCCGUGGAGCCUCCCCUGUCCUCUCCGGGGGCAGCUGCUUCUGCCUCGGCUGGCACCGUGUCAUGGCGACUUCAGGUCAGCAGCCGAAGGACCUCUUGUCUUGUUCCUGAUGAUUUCAAGGUCCUCACAGUCCCCAUAGUCUGGUUCUUCCCGAAAUGCCCACGUGUCCAUGGGGAGCUGUUCUAACUUCUGUACAGGGAACCAGUGGACGGAGGUGUCGUUGAAUACGUCCGCGUACUGUGGCGUCUCCGGCAGCCCAAGCUCCUCCAGUCCCUGCAAAACCUGAGCAGGAACAUUCAGAUGUAAAAUGUACAAGCCGGACGGUCACAGUAAACCCCACGCUCCUGUGUGUGAUCUGUUAGUCACCCCAUGUUACCUUAAAAAAAAUAAAAGGACUAGGAUAUUUUAACUCAA